AUGAGCCGUGAUUCAGCGGGUACUGCGACGCUGAGCGCGGCGGAGGAGGCAGCGCGGAUCGAGGAGAUGGGCGGCAUGGCGGUGAUGCAACGAACCGCCAGCAGCUCGCACAGCAGCAGCGCGGAAACAGCGUCCGACGGAGGAUCUGCUGCGGGGGGAGGGUUUGGCGCGCCGCUGUGGGCGGACAUUCGGCGCAAGGUUCCGCACAUGGGGAGCGAUGUGCGCGACGGGCUGCAUCCCGCCGCGGCGGCGAGCACGAUGUUCCUCUUCUUCGCGUGCCUCACGCCGUGCAUCGCGUUCGGCGGACUGACGGCCGCGCAGACAGGUGGCGCCAUCGGAGUGGUUGAGACGAUCCUCGGAACUGCGAUAUCCGGCGUGGUCUACGCCAUGUUUUCCGGCCAGCCGCUCACGCUGCUCGGCCCCACAGGCCUUGUCGUCGUUUUCACUGGCCUGCUCUACAAGUCGGCAGCAGCGUUGGCGCUGCCGUUCCUGCCGGUGUACGCGUGGGUGAGCGUGUGGUCCGCCGCCUUCCUGCUCACCCUCUCGCUCACCGGCGCUAGCGACCUGAUCCGGCUGUUCACGCGGUUCACGGACGAGACCUUCUCGCUGCUCAUCUCCCUCGGCUUCAUUGCCGAGCCCUGCAAGAAACUGGCCGCGAAUUUCGCAGCGGCCGCAGCAGCAGCCACGGCAGCAGGCGCAGCAACGGCAAUGACCGCCGCAAGCAGUAUCAGCAGCAGCGCCAGCAGCAGCAGCAUCGGGGGAGGCGGGAUGAUGACAUCUAGCGUGGCUCUGCUCUCCAUGCUCGUGGCUGUCGCAACCUGGCGACUCACCUCCUUUUUCUCCUCGUUCCGAGACUCCCCGUUCCUCACACAACCCAUCCGCACCGUCCUUUCCGACUUCGCCGCGCCCCUCUCCAUCCUCCUCAUGUCAACCCUCCCCACGCUCCUCCUCCCGUCCGUGCCCCUCCCAACCCUCGCCGCGCCCGCGCACAUCGUCACCACCAGCGGGCGCCCAUGGCUCGUGCCUCUCCUGGGCUCCCUCCCCCCGUGGGCCGUGCUGCUGUGCGCGGUGCCUGCGGCGCUGCUGACGCUGCUGGUGUUUCUGGACCAGAAUAUCACCACGCGGCUGGUGGAUGCUCCGGGGAAUGGGCUCGUCAAGGGGAGCGGGUACCACCUUGACCUGGCCGUGCUGGCAGUCAUCAUGCUGCUGAGUGCAGCAGCGGGUCUGCCAUGGAUGGUUGCCUCCACCGUGCCCUCCCUCUCCCACGUCCGCUCCCUCUCCUUCACCCAACCUGCUGCUGCCGCUGCUGCUGAAUCUCCUGCUCCUUCUGCUGCUGCUUCUGCUGUUUCGCAGCAGAGGGUUCGGGAGAAUCGGGUCACGGGGGUGGCGAUUCAUAUUUGCGUAGGAGCGUCUCUCCUCCUGCUUCCUCUUCUCUCGCGCAUCCCAGUUUCUGUGACAGAGGGUCUGUUUCUGUUCAUGGGGUUCUCAAGCUUUGCGGGCAACCAACUCGUUGACAGGCUGAAGCUGCUCCUGACAGACCCGUCGCGCUUCCCUGACUACCCCUUCAUCCGAGGAGUGUCCAGAUCCUCUGUAUACGGGUUCACGGCCCUUCAGAGCGCGUGCCUGGUGGCUCUGUGGCAGCUGAAACACAGCAAACUCGGAAUCUUCUUCCCUCUACUCAUUUUAGCACUAAUGCCCAUCAGGAACAUUGUUGCGGGCCGUAUGUUCCCCAGCCCUGAUCUAGCCGUUUUGGAUGCGCACUAA